CGCGCCGGAAGUGCUGGCGCGCCGACGAUGGCGGACGGUGAUGGCGCCGGCGCCGGCCUGUGCUCCGUCUCGGUGGCGUCGUGCCUGCUGCUGGCCUGCGGCUACGUGGGCAGCCUGUACGUGUGGAGGAGCCGGCUGCCGAGGGACCACCCCACCGUGAUCAAACGUCGCUUCACCAGCGUGCUGGUCGUCUCGGCGCUGUCUCCGUUGUGGGUCUGGCUGUGGCGUCAGUACACGGGCUUCAAGACAGGUCCGUCGCUGCUGAUGCUGAUGGGUGUCCAUUCGGAGGGCAUCUUCGCUGCUGCCUGCUUUCCUCUCCUGCUGACAAUGGUGCUGUUCUUGGGCCCACUGAUUCAGCUGCUCAUGGACUAUUCGUGGGAUUUCAACGACGGCCUAAAGAUGUUUCUCGACCCUCGGUGCUGGGGGCAGUGUCUUGUGGACAUCCGGUGGAUGCGGAACCAGGUGGUGGCGCCGUUGACGGAGGAACUGGUGUUCCGGGCGUGCAUGCUGCCCAUGUUGGUGCCCUGCACGGGUCUUGGCCGUGCCAUCGCGACGUGCCCGCUGUUCUUCGGCGUCGCUCACUUUCACCAUGUGAUCGAGCUGCUGAAGUUCAGACAAGGAACGGUGGCGGGCAUUUUCCUUUCAGCAGUUUUCCAGUUUUCAUACACAGCGGUGUUUGGGGCGUAUACAGCGUUUAUCUUCAUAAGGACAGGUCACCUGAUCGGCCCCGUGCUCUGCCACUCGUUCUGUAACUACAUGGGAUUCCCCGCCAUGGGGGCGGCUCUCGAGCACCCGCAGAAACUCCUGAUCUUCUUCUGCUACGUGUUGGGAGUUGUCCUCUUCCUGCUGCUGCUCUUCCCGCUGACGGAGCCCGCCUUGUACGGGCCGCUCGCUCUGUGUCGCCUCGCCCGGCCGGGGAACGGCGCGUCUGUCUGCACUUGACCCCGGAGUCCAUCGCUGCUGCUGCUCCCACCUCCCUCCCAUCUUCCCUCCCUCCCUCCCUCCCUCCCUCCUCAAACAGCCCAUCCAACAUUCAGGGAAAUCGCCUUCGGAAGGCGCCAGUGGAUCGGGGAACCUCGCAGUAAACGCGGAACGGACUCCGCGCGCGGAGAGAAAUCCCGCUGGCGGCAUCGGCCGUUUUUCGCCCGUUUCUCCAGCGGAGAAAAGAAAAAACAGGAAGGAAAAAAACUUGGACACGCCCCGCCGACCUCUGUGGGAACGCUGAGAUCACGCAGACGCAUGGCGGCCCAUCGACCUCCCAGGCCUGGCGUUGUGCUUGUGUUUUAAAUCAAAUUCCAGCCACAGUCAAACGAAAGAGGGCGAUCGAUGCUUGUUUCUCUGCCCACACGCCUGUCCCUGCAACGUCCAGUGUUGCAACCGCUCAGGAUCUGGUGACAUCAACUCUGGGAUCCAAGGCCACUGAUCGGGGUCGUGAUGCUCGGUAACACCCCUUCUCUCCGGCCGUGCACGUUCCCCCACACGGGCAACAGCGCCCUCAGCGUUCAGUUCAGAUCAGUCACUCGUACCGACCGAGGUGCGGUGAAAAGCUUUCGUGGCGGCGUGCCAUCCCGUCAGCGGGGAAAGACAAUACGUGAUUACAAUGGAGCUGUUUACAGUGUGUAGAUACAUGGUGAGGGAAUAACGUUUAGUGCAAGGAUGAAGCCAAUGAGGUAGUUCCGUUGCCUGAUAACAGCCGGGAAGGAACACUCCGAAAUUCACAAGGGGAGAAGAGGGAGUGGCCGGGGUGCGGCUGGUCCUUGAUUGUGCUGCCGGCCUUGCCGAGGCAGCGUGAGGUAUAGAUGGAGUAGACGGAAGAAGGGAGGUUGCUUUGGGUUCACCUCAACGAGAAGCGCACUUUAUACGGUAGAUUUAUUUGUCUUCUUGGUGUGAGCGGGAGCAGUGCAUUUAUUUAUCUGCUGCAGUUUUACUCAUUCUUCCAGAGGGGCGUAGAUGCCAGGUGGCCAGUUUACAUGGAUCAGGAAUAUCAUCAAACCACUACUCCCAUGGCAGUCUGAUCAUCCUUACACAGUCCAAUUACCAAUGAAUCAAUAAUACUUUAUGAAUGAAUGGAUGGAACCUUAUUGUAAUAUGUACCUCGCUACAGUGGGUUCGGCCCGAAACAUUCCCUAAUUCCUUCGCUCCAUAGGUGCUGCUGCACCCGCUGAGUUUCUCCAGCACUUUUGUCUCCCCUCUGUACAGUGAAAUGCUUUGUAUCGCUUAUAUUCCAAAAGUACCGAACAUUGGCUCCCCCCAACGACCAGCCCUAUCUACUGACUGCCAUCGCACAUGACUGUAGCCCUCCCUCGUCCCAUUCCCCCCCUCCCCACUCCCCCCCCGCCAGUUUCCCAUUUGUUUAGUUUAAAGAUAGAGUAGAAACAGGCCCACCGAGUCCGCACCGACCAGCGAUCCCCGCACACUAACACUAUCCGACACUCACCAGGGAACUAUUUACACUUGCACCAAGCCAAUGAACCUACAAACAUGUACGUCUUUGUGGAGUGCGGGAGGAAACCAGAGAUCCUGGAGAAAACCCACGCAGGUCACGGGGGCGGGGGAAGCCAUACAGACUCCGUACAGACAGCACGCGUAGUCGGGAUCGAACCUGGCGCUCUACGGCAGCAACUAUACCGCUGCGCCCUUUGUGUUCGGCAGCCGUGCGCUCGCUAUCUGGGCCGAGCUAAGUAAUCCAAGAAUGAUCUUCAUGUUUGUUGCUAGCUCCACCCGUGCACAGCUCACAUCUGGCAGGGCUACUGCUCCAGGUGUUCAGCUUGCCCCCGAUCUUGCUGAAGGAGGGGUGAAGGGGCUCCCCGGAUUGCCACUGACGGGGCCGUGGCAGAUUUCAGAGACUCGAUGCGAAAGCUCGCAGUCACCAGAUUUGCCGGGCUGCUGCUUAGACCAUACCGAUCUUCAAAAGUAAUUCCUUUGCUUCCUUCUCCCCUCCGCUCCCUGGGACUUUCCCUCUUUUGGGCACCGAUCAGUCACCCAGCGUGGAAACAGGCCAACAUGCCCACACCGACCAACAUGUCCCAUCUACACCAGUCCCACCUGCCUGUGUUUGGCCUAAAUGUAAACCUGUCCCAUCUAUGUACCUGUCUAACUGUUUCUUAAACGUUGGGAUAGUCCCAGCCUCAACUACCUCCUCCGGCAGCUCGUUCCGUACACCCUGUGGAUAAAGUUACCCCUCAGAUUCCUAUUAAAUCUUUCCCCCCCUCACCUUAAACCCGUGUCCUCUGGUCCUCGAUUCCCGGAGGCUGGGCAAGAUACUCUGUGCAUCCACCCGAUCUAUUCUUUGAUGUGGUGCAGGAUGUAAUUAAACCAAUCCCCACCACAAUGUGAAACUCGGCAAAGGUCACCGUUUCACCCACGGACAAUGAAAUUCGCGCUUGCUGCAGCACAACAGAGUAUUGUAAGCGUAAAGAAUAUUGUACGCAGUUUGGCCGUUCUCCCCGUGACCUGCGUGGGGUUCCCCCGGUUUCCUCCCACGCUCCAAAGACGCACAGGUUUGGUAUGAGUGUGAAAUUGUGUAGGAUAGUGUUGGUGUGUGAGGAUCGCUGGUCGGCACGGACUGGGGCCUGUUUCUCUAAAACUUAAAAACCAGGUUUCGAAUGAACGAAUACGUUUAUUGGCCGAGUAUAUUCACAUACAAGGAAUUUGCCUUGGUGCUCCGCCCGCAAGUGGCAACAUGACACACAGUGACAGGAAUGAGACGCGUAAAGCAUUAGACAUUAAUAAUGUGUUCCUGGUGCAGCUCGGAUAAAGUUACCCCCCCACACACAGCGGAGAUGUAACAAAAGCUACCCUGCCAACAGCCAUGUUUGUACACACAGAGGCAUUUCCUAUAAUAAGACGAGAUGAUAAAUGCACGCCUAUCAUCUCUAAACUGGGCCAACUGAACAGAAUCCUAAUCCAAUAGAUACCUUUCCCUUUUUUUAAUUGAGAGAGGGAUGUUUCCAGCUGAUUAUUUCAUUUCUGCCACCUUUCUGCUGAGCCUUUAGCACCAUGGACUCAGUUUAGUUAUUGCCACAUGUACCGAGAUACAGUGAAAAGCUUUUGUUGCGUGCUAACCAGUCGGCGGAAAGACAACACAUGAUUACAAUCGAGCCGUCCACAGUGUGCAGAUACAUGACAUGGGGAAAAAAGUUCAGUGCAAGAUGAAGUCCGAUCGAAGAUAGUCCGAGGGUCACCAGUGGGGUAGGACAGUGGCUCAGGACUGCUCGCAGCUUGUGGUAGGAUGGUUCAGUUGCCUGAUAACAGCCGGGAAGAAACUGCCCCUGAAUCUGGAGGUGUGCGUUCAUUUUCACACUUCUCCGAUGGGAGGGGGGGAGGUGGUGGCCAGGGUCAAGACUCGGCUCGAAUGGAGAUCUCUCUGUGAAACCGCUUGGUGUCAGGUGAGCCCUAUCUCGCUACAGAGGGAAGGGACAUGUUUGGCCCCAAACACUACACGUUCAGGCUGACACUGCCAAUGUGGUAUACUGAUGGUGCUGCACUCUUAGAGGUGCUGUGUUUACUUUGAAACGUUAAACAGAGGCUGUCCUUGACCUCCUCGGGUAAAAGAGUUGGUGAUGUACAAAGCUGUUCCUAUGGGCAGCUAUUAAUCCAUUCAAAUCAGCGUCGUCUGAUGACCUAGACUGUAAAAGACAGACACAGCAUACUGGUCUGAAGAAGGGUUUCGGCCCGAAACGUUGCCUAUUUCCUUCGCUCCAUAGAUGCUGCUGCACCCGCUGAGUUUCUCCAGCUUUUUUGUGUAACCUUCGAUUCUCCAGCAUCUGCAGUUCCCUCUUAAACGCAGCAUACUGGAGUGACUCAGCGGGACAGGCAGCGUCUCUGGAGAGAAGGAAUGGGGAGUCGUUUCGGGUCGAGACUCCAUGAAAUCCGAAGAAGGGUCUCGACCCGAAACGUCGCCCGUUCUUGCUCUCCAGAGACGCUGCCUGUCCCGCUGAGUCACACUCCAGCGUUUUGCGUCUACCUUCAGCGCCAACCAGCAUCUGCAGUUCCUCGCUGCUCAUUCCUACGCCACGACCAUUUUUGAAGGCGUCCUUCGCUGGCUGGCUCUGCGAUGUCCAAGGUGCGAUGGAAAGGUGCUGAAAUCUUCCUCUGGGUUGAAGUUUCCCCCCUGCGUGGUGCUCGGGAUCCUAGAUGACUGAAUCUCCCAGAAAUUGGCUGCAAGCCUCCAAGCCCCCCUCCAGCAAUACAACACAAAACCCCUGACGCUUCUCGAAGCUGCCACCACCAGCGAAUCCAUUCAGAACAUUCAGGAUUCUGGCCAGUCUCAAGUUUUAAACCUCACUAUAUAAACGAGAAAUGAUUACAGAUUCACUUCUGCCGUGGAGUUGGGUCCUCCCGUUGAACCAGAAGCUGAGAUAUUUUUUCUAGCGCGACCACAGAAAUGUUUGUAAAUCAAGCAAUAUAUUUUCUAAAAGCACCUAUUUUCCUGACCAGAGAUUGUAUAAUUAACCAAGAGAAGAGUUUUACUUGAUGUGCAAAAUGGAGCUGACAAUCUUGUACUGUGUAUUAAGUAGGAUACGAAUUUCUGAUAUAUAUAUAUAUAUAGAGAGAGAGAGAUACUGUCCAUUAAAGGGCAAGUCUCAGCUUUACAGACAAAAUAAUAGAUAGCCAGCUGAAUUUGUCUGUUGUCCUGAGUUUAUAAGCUUUCUAAUGGAACCAUGUACUAAUGAACAGAGGCCAUUCAUUCCUUUGAACAAGUCAAAUGUUUAUUUUGCUGCUCUGUAUGCAAUUACCAAUUGCUAUUUGCCAUGUAACCUUGGUUAGCAAGAAUAUGUACCAAUCACAGAUAUAAAACAGUUAACUGAA